AUGUAGACACAAACAAAUGCACCUUGGCCUGCAGCUGCACGGCCUAAUCUAUCUUACCUGCCUUCGGAAGGAUUCAGGAAAGUUUGUUGCUCUAGUGACUUUCUCAGGCCAGGAACCAGCUGUUCUCAACCAUUCUCUUCCCCUUUCCACUUUCUGGAACCAGUAACCAUUUCAUCCAUCUGAGAAGAAGAAAAGGCUCGCCUUCCCUCAUAAAGCUCGCGUUCACGCUCGCUACUACUACCAUCGCCGUUCGAGCUUCCGCCCCCUGUUACCCUUGCACUACUCGUGCUCGGCCCUGAACCGGUAGCCGAACUGCCCGACUUACCGAUGCAUCGCAUCCGAACUUGGGCGAGGGCAAAGGCCCAUGGCCCUUCUCCCCUUACCGGGACACCCCCGAGGACCCAUGCUGCCGAAGCUGUAAACGAACGAAGAGAAGGACGCCGAGAUCGCCCAGCAGAAGACACCUCACGAAAUGCCUUCACAAGCUUCUGGCUAACAAUACGAGCUAUCCUAUUCUCGAGCAUCGUCAAUGUACUACUCAUCUUUGUCCCAGUUGGGUUUGCUGUCCGUUUUACGCAUUUGCCUGCAGGCGUGGUUUUCGGUGUCAACGCUGUUGCAAUUAUUCCACUCGCCAGUUUGCUCAGCCAUGCGACGGAGAGUGUAGCCAGCCGAAUGGGCGAUACCGUGGGGGCUUUGAUGAAUGUCACCUUUGGCAAUGCUGUCGAGCUGAUCAUUUUCAUAAUCGCCCUCUGCAAGGAUCAGAUUCGAAUCGUUCAAGCGUCGCUUGUGGGCUCGAUAUUGGCUAACGUCCUUCUGAUCCUCGGCAUGUGCUUCCUCCUCGGCGGUCUGCGGUUCCGGGAGCAAAUCUACAACUCGACCGUCACGCAAACCAGUGCCUCGCUCUUGGCCUUGAGUGUGAUGAGUCUGCUCAUACCGACCGUUUUCCAUGCCUCUUUCAGCAAGAUCCUCACGGCAGACGACAAGGUCCUCAAGAUCAGCAGGGGCACAUCGGUGAUCUUGCUGCUUGUUUAUCUUCUCUACCUGGUAUUUCAGUUGAAGUCACAUUCCUACCUGUACGAGUCGACACCACAGCAUAUCAUUGAGAUGGAGACCAGGCCUGGACCGGCAGCGCACUAUUUCCACUCGUCGAGCUCGUUGGAUGAAAUGGACAGCGACCACAAUACUUCGAGCGACGAAAAUAGGGAAGACGAGGGGAUAGGGCGUGGAAGACAACUAGAGGCACUUCAACUUCAUGGCACGGGAUCGGCAGAAGACACCCACCCUGACGCUGUCACUGACGGGCACGAGUCGGCUCAAGGAGCUCCUACCCACUCCCACAAGAAGUCAAAGAAGUCGAAACAUCACCACAAGCGACACCAUUCCAAAAGCCAUUGUGACUCUGGCGAGCAGACACAGCCAUCGGUCCGCCGAGUGGCCUUUGAAGAGGGCCCCUCGCUGGAAGCACAACCUGUCACAACCUCGCCACGACCUCUGUCGUUGAGCUUUCGCCAAUUACCUCUCUUCACACCCCGUCAGUCAGGACUGAACAUCAACAACCCCUCCAAUCUCCCACCUGAUUGCCCACGCCGCGCCCGUUCGCUCCCUCUGAACCGUGGCCCUCCCACUUCUUCCUCUGUAUUUGAUCCCAGCUUCAGGUUUUCCACUGCCAAUGCUGAUCCCCAACUGUCAACUACCUCUGCCCCUACGACUUCUCCCGACGAUGGUCGGUCCACCACCACCUCCAAACCUCCAAUCUGGCCUCCCAUCCUUGUCCUGCUCAUUUCAACGGCAUUGAUCUCCCUACAAGCAGAGUUUAUGGUUUCAGCCAUCACACCACUUUUGGCAUCCGAUACGGGCUUGUCAGAGGCGUUUAUCGGGCUGAUCCUGCUCCCAAUUGUCGGCAACGCAGCAGAGCACUUGACAGCUGUCACAGUCGCUCUCAAGAACAAGAUGGAUCUUGCUAUUGGUGUUGCCGUUGGUUCGUCAAUCCAGAUUGCAUUGUUUGUCACACCUCUCGUGGUAAUACUAGGGUGGGCCAUGGGCAAAGAUAUGAGUCUCUUCUUUACCUUGUUCGAAACGGUGUGCGUGGUUGUCUCGGCGUUCAUUGUCAGCUUCCUCGUGCUGGAUGGAAGAAGUAAUUAUCUCGAGGGAGCUCUCUUGGUUGCGGGCUAUGUCAUGAUUGCGGUAGCGGCGUUUUUCUAUCCAGAUGUUGCUGCGGCGAAUUUGCUGGGGGGUGGGGAGGAUGAAUUGUUGAAUGGGGGGCCGGUGACUGGGGCUGGGUGAUACCUAGGGCAAAACUGGAGCAGGGACGGUGUCGAGCGGAGACGGCAGUGGGCGUCGAGUAGGAACAGUCAUACGGGAAGGAGCGGUGCCAGGGUUGGUGUUUUACUAUUUGCAUUGAAGGCGUUUCUUGACAGCCAAGGUCAGGAGUUUGGAGGUUAUUGCAUUCUUUUCUUUUUGUGUUUCCUGGCCGUCUAGCAUGUAAGGAAUAGAAGAGGUACCAAUCAUUCACUUUCUCCAACCAUUCUUGUCGUCAUGAUUUUCGUUUUGGGUAUCAUCAUUCGUCGUAACAUCCUCUCGUCGUCUCUUCCAUUGUUUUCCCAGCUCAGUCAUACUCCCGAAUCGGACAGCAAGUCUCAUUCAAGCAAUCACAGCACACCCAGCAGCAACAACAACUAGCACAAAACCACGCCCAGCAACCAAUCGGCUCUGGCUGUCUCCGCCUCCGCUUCUCCUGCACAACAACCACUCUUGUCGGAGAGGGCGACAGCGACCGCUCUGGUCCUUCAACGUCAAUGAUGUGCGCGGUUCUGCUUGUUCGGGUGGUGGACUGGUAGUAUGCUCUUGGAGGGGGCCUUGUGCUGGUUGGUUGGUAAUUAUCAGCUUUGCCGAAGAGAGUGUCAGCAGAGAGGAAGAAGAAGAUGCGUACUAUUGCGGACGUGGCUCUGUUUCG